AUGUCUGAUGGAUGGAAAUAUAAUUUUUCAUGUAACUGCUUUAGUACAUCUGCUUUCUACCGAAAUUCACUCGUUUACAAUGAAUAUUCUUACACUCGCAUCAAUACGGAAUCGCCCAAAAUCAAUUCACUGGAAGGAUUUGAAACAUAUUUCAAAAAGUGUGCUGACAAUUUGGGAAUUUGUGUAUCAUUGCUUCCCAAACCUACGGUAAUAUCACAUCAAUUAUUUAUGAAAAAUUCUGCUACGGGUUCUAUACAAUUUGAUUGGGGACAAGCACUUUUUGUUUUGAGAAACAAAAUUAUCAGUACUUGUGAACCUGCUCUUAUUGCUUCCAACGUUACUUGUUCUAUAUAUUCCUUUCUAUUUCAGCCUGUGCAAAAACUGGCCUUAAACACGUAUCUUAGAGCUAACAAGCCACAGCAAUUUAUCAAAGAAUAUCAAGCAUUUAUGAAACAUGAAUCAGUGGUGAAAUGUUUGGAUAAAUUUCAAGUAUUGCUUGAAAUCGCCAAAGAGAAUGAGCAUGAAGUUCAAUUCAUUCUCUCAAAAAAGUUUACAACGACACCGCUCUACAUUUUAGAAUUACUAGACACAUUGACCAUAUCCAAACACAAAGAAUUGUGUAAACAAGUCAGCAUCAUUCCUCCCAACAAUGCUAACAAAAAGAAAAAACAAGACAAGGACUUUUCAUUUAAAAAUUUUAAACUCUUUAAUUGGAGAAAUGAUUUAUUAUUGAAAUGCUUAAACAUUUCUGAAGAAGAAUUUCACAACAUGAAAAGAGCAAUCAUGUCAACAAGCAUCAACAACAGACUCUUUAGCCACUAA